GUGUCAAAAUAAAAAGGGAGUAGUGUGAGUCUCUGCGCGCUCUCCGUUUUCCUCUUAUUUCUUCAUCUUAUUCACCCUCCUCAUCCUCAUCCGGCUGCAGUGAUGUGCGCGCUGAGGACCGUGCUCGCGCUCGCCUGUCUCGCGGUGCUGCUGUGUGAGUGCGCGAGCUCACCGGCCGACAGAUGCGGGGUGCUGGGGCAGUGUCCACAGGUAAACCUUACCAGAAGUGCUGAUGAUGUGAACGUGUCUCUGUAUUAUGAGUCUCUCUGUCCCGGCUGUCGUCAGUUUCUGGUCCUACAGCUCAUACCGACUUUGUUAAUGCUGCCUGACAUCAUGAAUGUGGAGCUCGUCCCGUACGGCAACGCAGAGGAGAAGCAGGUGGGAGACAAGUACGAGUUCACCUGUCAGCACGGACCAGACGAGUGUCUGGGCAACAUGAUCGAGACGUGUAUACUGAAUAAAGUGGAUGUUGGGUUCUUCGUGAUUUUCUGCAUGGAAGCGUCUACAGAUGUAGUGAAGGCAGCAGAAUCUUGUCUGAGUCUGUACAGCCCAAAAACAAAGUUCGGUGACAUCAUGGCGUGUGCGAACGGUGACGAGGGAAACAAGUUAAUGCAUGAGAACGCCAAGAAAACCGCAGGUUUAAAGCCACAGCAUGAGUACGUGCCCUGGAUCACCAUCAACGGGGAGCACACUGAUGACCUGCAGACCAAAGCUAUGAGCUCGCUCUUCCAGCUCGUCUGCAGUCUGUACAAGGGUGAACGUCCAGCAGCGUGCACUCUCGGAAAGAAGGCAGUAAAGACAAGUUACUGCUGAAGAAGCUGUUUAAACCUCACUACAGCUGAAUUACUAAUCAAUAGCUGAUGAAUGUAACGCGGAGGUGAUUUUUAUACAUGCUGUACGAGUGUGAACACUAGAGCGUUCAGACUGAUUUAUUAUAAUAAAAUUGUUUUUUUUAAGCA